GCCGCCUGGGCCGCCCCGUGUCCCCGGUGGAGCCGCCGCCGCCGCCGCCGGGAGCUCGAUGCGGACGGAGCCCGGGCCGGGCCAUGGGGAUCCUCAGCAUCACGGACCAGCCGCCCCUGGUCCAGGCCAUCUUUAGCCGAGAUGUGGAGGAAGUGCGUUCCCUCCUCUCGCAGAAGGAGAACAUCAAUGUGCUGGACCAAGAGAGGCGAACCCCACUGCAUGCUGCUGCCUACGUAGGCGAUGUCCCCAUCCUCCAGUUGCUACUGAUGUCAGGUGCUAACGUCAAUGCUAAGGACACACUGUGGCUGACCCCUCUUCAUCGUGCUGCUGCCUCCCGAAAUGAGAAGGUGCUGGGACUGCUGCUGGCACAUUCAGCAGAUGUGAAUGCCCGGGACAAGUUGUGGCAGACACCGUUGCAUGUGGCUGCCGCCAACCGGGCCACCAAGUGUGCUGAGGCUCUGGCACCAUUAUUGAGCAGCCUCAACGUGGCUGACAGGAGCGGGCGCAGUGCCCUGCACCACGCAGUGCAUAGUGGGCAUCUGGAGACGGUGAACCUGCUUCUCAGUAAGGGAGCCAGCCUGAAUGUCUGUGACAAAAAGGAGCGGCAGCCUCUGCACUGGGCGGCUUUUCUCGGGCAUUUGGAGGUCCUGAAACUGCUGGUGGCACGGGGAGCAGACCUUGGCUGCAAGGACCGCAAGGGCUAUGGGCUGCUCCAUACAGCUGCUGCCAGUGGCCAGAUUGAAGUGGUGAAGUACCUGCUACGGAUGGGGGCUGAGAUUGAUGAGCCCAACGCUUUUGGAAACACAGCUUUGCACAUCGCCUGCUACCUGGGCCAGGAUGCUGUGGCUAUCGAGCUGGUGAACGCAGGAGCCAAUGUCAACCAGCCAAAUGACAAGGGCUUCACACCACUGCAUGUGGCUGCGGUCUCCACCAAUGGCGCGCUCUGCUUGGAGCUGUUGGUCAAUAACGGGGCUGAUGUCAACUACCAGAGCAAAGAAGGGAAAAGUCCUCUGCACAUGGCUGCCAUCCAUGGCCGUUUCACCCGCUCCCAGAUCCUCAUCCAGAAUGGCAGCGAGAUUGAUUGUGCCGACAAAUUUGGGAACACGCCACUGCACGUGGCCGCUCGCUACGGACACGAGCUGCUCAUCAGCACCCUCAUGACCAACGGCGCGGAUACCGCCCGGCGUGGCAUCCACGACAUGUUCCCCUUGCACUUAGCUGUUCUCUUUGGAUUCUCUGACUGUUGUCGUAAGCUUCUUUCCUCAGGUCAGCUGUACAGCAUUGUAUCCUCACUCAGCAAUGAGCACGUGCUUUCAGCUGGGUUUGACAUCAAUACACCUGACAACCUUGGCCGUACCUGUCUUCAUGCUGCUGCUUCUGGAGGGAAUGUUGAAUGUCUUAAUUUGCUGUUGAGCAGUGGAGCUGACUUGAGGAGGAGAGACAAAUUUGGAAGGACCCCACUGCACUAUGCAGCCGCCAAUGGCAGCUACCAGUGCGCCGUCACACUGGUGACCGCUGGGGCAGGCGUCAACGAGGCCGACUGUAAAGGCUGCUCUCCCCUCCAUUAUGCUGCCGCCUCUGACACCUACAGGAGGGCGGAGCCCCACUCACCUUCCAGCCACGAUGCUGAAGAGGACGAGCCACUGAAGGAGUCCCGCAGGAAGGAGGCCUUCUUCUGUUUGGAAUUCUUACUGGAUAACGGUGCAGACCCCUCCCUGCGGGACAGGCAGGGCUACACAGCCGUGCACUAUGCAGCCGCCUAUGGCAAUAGACAGAACCUCGAACUGCUCUUAGAAAUGUCCUUUAACUGCCUGGAGGAUGUAGAGAGCACCAUUCCAGUCAGCCCUUUGCACUUAGCUGCCUACAACGGUCACUGUGAAGCCCUGAAGACACUGGCCGAGACGCUGGUGAAUCUGGAUGUAAGGGACCACAAGGGCCGGACCGCGCUCUUCCUGGCCACUGAGCGAGGCUCCACUGAGUGUGUGGAGGUGCUAACGGCCCAUGGCGCCUCUGCCCUCAUCAAGGAGCGCAAGCGCAAGUGGACACCCCUGCACGCUGCUGCUGCCUCUGGCCACACUGAUUCCCUGCACUUGCUGAUCGACAGUGGGGAAAGAGCUGACAUCACGGAUGUCAUGGAUGCCUAUGGACAAACCCCACUGAUGCUGGCCAUCAUGAAUGGCCACGUGGACUGUGUACAUCUGCUGCUAGAGAAAGGAUCCACAGCUGAUGCUGCUGACCUCCGGGGCCGCACUGCCCUCCACCGUGGGGCAGUGACUGGCUGUGAGGACUGCCUGGCUGCCCUGCUGGACCACGAUGCGUUUGUGCUGUGCCGAGACUUCAAGGGCCGCACACCCAUUCAUCUGGCCUCGGCCUGUGGCCACACUGCAGUACUGCGGACCCUGCUGCAGGCUGCCCUUUCCACAGACCCCCUGGAUACCGGGGUGGAUUACAGCGGAUACUCGCCCAUGCACUGGGCCUCCUACACUGGACAUGAAGAUUGUCUGGAGUUGUUACUUGAACACAGCCCGUUUUCAUACCUGGAAGGAAACCCCUUCACUCCUUUGCACUGUGCAGUAAUUAAUAACCAGGACAGCACCACAGAGAUGCUGCUGGGAGCUCUGGGUGCCAAGAUUGUGAACAGCCGAGAUGCCAAAGGACGGACCCCUCUUCACGCCGCUGCCUUCGCGGACAACGUCUCUGGGCUCCGGAUGCUGCUGCAGCAUCAAGCCGAGGUGAACGCCACUGACCACACUGGCCGCACUGCGCUCAUGACGGCGGCUGAGAAUGGGCAGACCGCUGCUGUGGAAUUUCUGCUGUAUCAAGGGAAGGCAGACCUUACUGUGCUGGAUGAGAACAAGAACACUGCCCUCCACUUGGCCUGUAGCAAGGGCCACGAGAAAUGUGCCCUCAUGAUCCUGGCAGAAACCCAAGACCUUGGCCUUAUCAAUGCUACCAACAGUGCGCUGCAGAUGCCCCUACACAUUGCCGCCCGGAAUGGUCUAGCUUCUGUGGUGCAGGCCCUGCUGAGUCGUGGGGCCACAGUGCUGGCUGUGGAUGAAGAAGGUCACACCCCGGCAUUGGCCUGCGCCCCCAACAAAGAUGUGGCAGACUGCCUGGCCUUGAUCCUUUCCACCAUGAAGCCUUUCCCACCCAAGGACGCUGUCAGUCCUUUCAGCUUCAGCCUGCUCAAGAACUGCGGCAUCGCAGCAGCCAAGACGAUGGAUGCAUCCUGCACCCUCCAGGCCCCUCCUCCCCAUACCUGCUUUGAGCCCUCCUCCUGCCACAUCCUGGUUUUCUAUGCUGUUUUGGUGCAAGUACAACUGUCGUAGUCAUGGCUUUGGGAUGGGUUCUGUUUAUUAAAAUCCUAUUGCUCCUACUGGCCCUGUGUCCCGCCUCCAUUCCUGUGGUUGGGGGGAAGGAAGGGCAACCUGGACGCCUUUCCACUGGCCCCCAUC